UCUUUCCAGAGGGAUGCCAAGGGUCAGUAUCUGUUCGAUCUUAUCUGCCACCACCUGAACCUGCUGGAAAAGGAUUAUUUUGGCAUCAGAUAUGUGGACCCGGACAAGCAAAGGCACUGGUUGGAGUUUUCCAAGUCAAUCUCCAAGCAAAUGAAAUCCCAGCCUCCAUUUACCAUGUGUCUGAGGGUCAAAUUCUACCCACCAGACCCUGCUGCUCUUAAGGAGGAAAUCACCAGGUAUCUUGUCUUCCUGCAGCUCAAGAGAGAUCUGUACCACGGCCGGCUCCUCUGCAAGACGUCUGAUGCAGCCACACUGGCAGCUUAUAUCUUACAGGCUGAGAUUGGAGACUACGACCCAGGGAAGCAUCCUGAAGGCUACAGCUCCAAAUUCCAAUUCUUCCCCAAGCAUUCUGAGAAACUGGAGCGAAGGAUUGCAGAGAUCCACAAGACGGAGCUGAUGGGGCAGACUCCAGAAACUUCCGAGCUUAACUUCCUGCAGAAAGCACAGAUGCUGGAGACAUAUGGUGUAGACCCUCAUCCAUGCAAGGACGUGUCUGGAAACCCCGCUUUCCUGGCCUUCACUCCCUUUGGUUUCGUUGUGCUUCAAGGGAACAAGAGAGUCCAUUUUCUCAAAUGGAACGAGGUGACCAAGUUGAAGUUUGAAGGAAAGACAUUCCAUAUAUAUGCAAAUCAGAAGGAGGUGAGAAUCAUCUUGACGUAUUUUGCUCCGACACCGGAAGCCUGCAAACACCUUUGGAAAUGUGGAGUGGAGAAUCAGGCCUUCUAUAAGCUGGAGAAGUCGAGUCAGGUGCGCACUGUGUCUAGCAGCAACCUGUUUUUCAAGGGCAGCCGCUUCCGCUACAGUGGGAGAGUGGCCAAAGAGGUGAUGGAACAGAGCGCUAAGAUCAAGCGGGAGCCGCCUGCAAUUCACAGAGCUGGUCUAGUGCCCAGCAGAAGCUGUCCAUCCAUCACUCAUGGGCCGCGGCUAAGCAGCGUGCCACGCACUCGCCGGAGAGCUGUCCACAUAUCCAUUAUGGAGGGUCUGGAAUCGCUGCGGGACAGUGCCCACUCCACACCCGUGCGCUCCGUCUCCCAUGGCGACUCCUUCAUCCCGCGCUCGCGCAGUCAGGCGGCAGAGGCCGGGGACAGCUCCGCUGUGAUCGCCGAUGAAACCUACAGCCCGGCGGACAGCGUAUUGCCCACACCGGUGGCCGAGCACAGCCUGGAGCUGGCAGUCUCGCGCCAAAUCAACGGCGCCCCCUGCAGCAUUGAGGAGGAGAAGGAGUCAGAGGCGGGGACACCCACGGGGGCGGAGCCAGGCGAGCUGGGAGUAGACAGCAGGGCGGCGGGCUCGCUGCAGGCGGCUGCCCUCAGCGAGGCGGAACAGGUGAAUAAGUUUGUCUUAAGUGUCCUCCGUCUGCUCCUUGUGACCAUCGGACUCCUCUUUGUUUUGCUCCUCCUCCUCAUCGUCCUCACCGAGUCCGACCUUGACGUAGCCUUUUUACGUGAUAUCCGCCAGACCCCCGAGUUCGAGCAGUUCCAUUAUGAAUACUUUUGUCCCCUCAGGCGGUGGUUCGCCUGCAAGCUCCGCUGGGUGGGCGGGCUGCUCAUUAACAAGUGAACGUGGUGCGUAGCUCUCGUUAAAAAGCCCGCCGCGGUGGGGGGUCGAGAAGACGACAAGCGCGACGGAGAGAGGCGGAGGGCAGCAAGCCGUCCCCCAACCAUGAACACCUGGCUUCUCUCAUGAUUCUCCUGCUGAUGUGCCCCGGGCCUCCAAUGCCAGGAGCUCCCUUCUCCUCCUCUCUUUUAACCCCGCCCUCCUCCUUUUGCGUUUUGACAUUUUGUCUUCUUUUUUCCCCCUCCAUCCUUCUCAGUUUCGUCCGUUUUUUUUUCUUUUUUAAUUAAAGACAAGACUUUUUUCAUGAUUCAUGAUUU